ACCGCAUGGACUUUAAAAAUUACUAGGCUUGCCCAGCUGUUUACAUUCACCAACGCACGCUAAAUCAAAUUCAUAUCAGUAUACUCUUUGUGCUCUAAUCACUUACUUCAAUGGCGGACUCCAAUUCCCCUAGUGCCCCCCAAACCCUUAUUGACGGCAACGUUCUCGCCGCCAAAUCUUUCGCAAGCUGCGGCGUCACCCACAUGUUUGGCGUUGUCGGCAUACCCGUCACGUCCCUCGCCAACCGUGCUGUCUCCCUUGGAAUCCGUUUUUUGGCCUUCCACAAUGAGCAGUCCGCUGGCUAUGCCGCCUCCGCCUACGGUUACCUCACUGGCCGACCUGGCUUGCUUCUUACUGUUUCCGGCCCCGGUUGUGUCCAUGGCCUUGCUGGAUUGUCUAAUGCUAUGGUCAAUACUUGGCCGAUGGUGAUGAUAUCCGGCUCCUGUGACCAAAAAGACGCCGGUCGUGGUGACUUUCAAGAGCUUGAUCAGAUAGAGGCAGUGGAACCAUUUUCCAAAUUUUCGGUGAAAGCUAAAGAUGUUAAGGAUAUACCUAAUUGCGUUGUUCAGGUUCUUGAUCGGGCCGUUGCUGGCCGCCCCGGUGGAUGCUAUUUGGAUCUUCCAUCUGAUGUUUUGCAUCAAACUGUAACGGAAUCUGAGGCGGAGAGUUUGGUAACUGCUGCCUUGAAUUCUUCAGAAUCGAAACCAAUUGCAAAUGGGAGUGAGGUUCCAACCUCAGAAAUUGAGCGAGCCGUGGAGUUGCUCAGGAAAGCAGAGAGGCCUCUUAUUGUGUUUGGAAAAGGGGCAUCAUAUGCACGAACAGAGAAUGAACUGAGGAAGUUAAUUGAAACCACUGGAGUCCCAUUCUUGCCUACACCAAUGGGAAAAGGCUUGUUGCCUGAUACCCAUGAACUUGCAGCAGGUGCAGCAAGGUCGCUUGCUAUUGGUAAAUGUGAUGUCGCACUUGUGGUUGGCGCUAGGCUUAAUUGGCUGUUGCACUUUGGAGAGCCUCCCAAGUGGUCUAAGGACGUGAAAUUUAUAUUGGUGGAUGUCUGUAAGGAUGAGAUUGAGCUAAGGAAACCACAUUUGGGUUUGAUCGGGGACGCAAAAAAGGUUUUGGAAUUGAUCAAUAAGGAGAUCAAGGACGACCCUUUUUGUUUGGCGAAGAGUCAUCCAUGGGCGGAGGCAAUUUCCAAGAAAGCAAAGGAGAAUGUGUCGAGAAUGGAGGCUCAGUUGGCGAAGGAUGUUGUGCCAUUUAAUUUCUUGACGCCUAUGAGGAUUAUUAGAGAUGCCAUUUUGGGAGUGGGGAGCCCUGCUCCAAUAGUGGUGUCAGAGGGGGCUAACACGAUGGAUGUUGGGAGAGCUGUGUUGGUACAGACAGAGCCUAGGACUAGGUUGGAUGCUGGCACUUGGGGGACAAUGGGGAUUGGGUUGGGUUAUUGCAUUGCAGCUGCAGUAGCUGAGCCUAAUCGACUUGUAGUUGCAGUUGAAGGUGACUCUGGAUUUGGGUUCAGUGCCAUGGAAGUUGAGACAUUGGUUCGAUAUCAGCUACCUGUGGUUGUGAUAGUUUUUAAUAAUGGUGGUGUAUAUGGCGGUGAUCGAAGGAGCCCUGAAGAAAUAACAGGGCCUUUCAAAGAUGAUCCAGCACCCACUUCUUUUGUCCCUGGCGCUGCUUAUCACAUUGUUAUUGAAGCUUUUGGGGGCAAAGGUUAUCUAGUUGGGACACCUGAUGAACUUAAGUCUGCCCUUGCUGAAUCUUUUUCUGCAAGAAAGCCAACUGUAAUAAAUGUUACCAUUGAUCCCUAUGCCGGUGCAGAAAGUGGGAGGCUGCAGCAUAAGAAUUAAGGUAUACUACACCCGUCUGUGUUAAUCUGUUCAUCAUUUGAUGUGAACAAGCUGCUACGUGGAACUAUUACUGCUUGCUAAAAACAAAGGCAUGCGUGCUUUGUUAUUAGUUCGGAUGUUCUACUGGCAUGCAUAUAGAAGUUGCAUGUUGUCAUUCAUAAUAGGGUGAGCCACUUUGUAUUUUUAGCUUCUUGACAUAAAGUCAUAAUACCGUAAUGGAAUUUCGUGAAAGUAAAGCUAUAAGUUCUGGAUAAAUAACAUAAAUUUGAUAAAUGCUUGUGUAAA